GUCCAGUCAGUGUCGGCCACUGUUGGAAGAAGUUGUGCAACCACUGAAAUCACCACGGACCGAGUUGAGAAAUCAAAAAAACGUCACAUGAGCUUUCCCGGAAACUCCAACUGUAACCUGCACUGACGACGAGCUGCCCGAAGCCGAAAACUUCACACUUAAUGUCGAAGCUGAGGUGGUGCUGAGUGUCAUUAUGAGAUGUCGUCUCCAAGUGCCUCUUUCGUGCAAAUCAAGUUCGAUGACAUUCUCUUCUACGAGAACUGUGGUGGUGGCAGCUUCGGAAGUGUGUACAGAGCCAGGUGGAUCUCCCAGGACAAAGAGGUGGCUGUGAAAAAACUGCUCAAGAUUGAAAACGAGGCUGAAAUCCUCAGUGUCCUCAGCCACCGUAACAUCAUUCAGUUCUAUGGUGCAAUUGUGGAGGCUCCCAACUAUGGAAUCGUCACCGAGUAUGCAAGCGGUGGGUCGUUGUAUGAUUACCUGUCCAGUGAUCAGAGCGAGGACAUGGACAUGGGACAAAUCAUGACAUGGGCUGCAGACAUUGCCAGAGGGAUUCACUAUUUACACUCAGAGGCACCAGUUAAGGUGAUCCACAGAGACCUGAAGUCCAGGAAUGUUGUUUUAGCUGCAGACAAAGUUCUCAAGAUUUGUGAUUUUGGAGCAUCUAAGUUCUUGACGCACACAACACACAUGUCUUUGGUUGGCACGUUUCCGUGGAUGGCUCCAGAAGUGAUCCAGAGCCUGCCUGUGUCUGAGACUUGUGACACUUUCUCCUAUGGUGUGGUGCUUUGGGAGAUGCUCACCCGUGAGAUACCCUUCAAAGGCCUGGAAGGCUUACAAGUGGCCUGGCUGGUGGUGGAGAAAAAUGAGAGGUUAACCAUCCCUAGUGGCUGUCCUGUCAGCUUUGCUGAGCUCAUGAGGAACUGCUGGGCAGCAGAGCCAAAAGAAAGGCCAAUGUUCAAGCAGAUCCUCUCUACUUUGGAGUCCAUGUCUAAUGACAGCCAACUUCCUCAACAGUGCAACUCUUUCCUUCACAACAAGGCUGAAUGGAGGUGUGAGAUUGAAGCUACACUUGAGAGACUUAAGAAGCUGGAGAGGGACCUGAGCACUAAAGAACAGGAGCUGAAGGAGCGAGAGCGCCGUCUAAAGAUGUGGGAGCGCAAACUCAUUGAACAGUCCAACAGCCCGUUGCUGCCCACCCUUGAUAUCUAUGCCUGGACUGAGGAGCAUGUGUAUUUCUGGAUGCAGCAAAUAUUCUCUGCAGGGGCUGUUUCAUUUUCUUUCUCAGGGGAAGGUACAUGUGACAUGCAGCUGUACGCGGACCUGUUUAAAGAAAAUCACAUCACUGGAAAAAGAUUGCUGUUGCUCACAGAAAACGACAUGCGGGACAUGGGGGUCAGGUCCAAAGGUCACGUUAUGCACCUUAAGGGUGAAAUUGAAAGGCUCACAAAUGAUUACCUUGGGUUCGUCCACUUCCCACCACUAUUUAAGGGUGAGCUGGAAAAGGAGGUGGAAAGGAGUAAAACAGUGAAUCUGGAGCUGGUGUUCGGGUACCACUGGAAACCAGGAACUGGGAAAUCUGACUGCAAAUGGAAAAUGUACAUGGAACUUGAUGGAGAUGACGUUGCAGUAACCUACAUCAAAGACGUAAUCUUUAAUGCCAACCAACGGGAUGUGGAAGUCCUACGGAUGACUAAGCCACCUUUUGUGAUGGACAAAUGGAUCGUUGGAAUACAACAGAACCAGAAAGUGGACUACAUAGUCAAUUAUGAGAAUGAUGUGAAGUCACCAAAGAGUACCAGACACAGCUUCCUGAUGACGUGGAGUCUCACUGGUGGACAAGACGAGAUCAAGACUGUGGACCUGGUCAUCGAAACAGCACCAGUUAACAUCGACUGGAACGUCAAGGACAGGUGUAACUCUGAUAUUGAUCCCAUAUGGAUGUACAACGUAAGGUUAAGGCAGAUGAAUACCCAGAAAUCCCUGCAGCCGACUACUGCUCGGACUGCCUUCUCUAGCUCUGAUGCCCGCACUCUGCCUCAGUUCCUGUCUGCACAUGAAAGCCAGGAGUUCUCUUAUGCUGCAGCUGUGCGUCGCUCUCCAAACCGUGUCCACGCAUCUCACUGGAUUGACUCACGCAGCUCCUCGCCAACUGCUAGUCUGUCAGCCAAACUCUCGCUGCUCCAUCUGGGGUCAAAGGGCAGCAGUCCUUCCAGCACUACAUCAGAGAGCACCUCAGAGAGGGAACGAGAGCGCCCACUCAGUGCUGGAGCAGUGCAUGACCACCACCGCAGAAACAGCUACUUUGGCAACACAUUAACUGUGGGAAGGGAACAGGGUAGGGGGCAUGCAUGGACCAAUAGUAGAGGAAGCUAUAUUCAUAAUAAAACCGGCAAAACCUUACGACAGCCAGGGAGGCCACGGUCCAGCAGUUACAGUGUCACAUCACAGAACCGCCCACCCAUGAUACCAGGUAUAUUGUCUGUGACAGAAAACCCCAGUGAGGAUAAAGAAGGGGCCAAAUCCAGCGAUGGAGGGUGGAUCAAAGUGGAGCGACAGAAAAGAUUACCGCGUCAGGACAAUAAACAAGUCAGAGGUCGACAGAGGAGAGGCGGCAGGGGAGGGCGUGGUGCUGGGGGAAGAACUUAAUGUGGGCCACACGUACUGACAGCUCCUUGUACGCUGAACAUGUCAUGCACUGAAAAGGUUUUGCAUAUCAAUUAUGUCUAUUUACUUGCUCAAAAAUGAACUGCUUGUUGUAAGAGAAUCACACUGAUGCUUAUGCAUGACCAAAUAAGAUUUUAUUUUUUAAAAUCUGUCUGGUUGAUAUAAAUAAGCCUAUACAAUGGACAAUUCAGUCUUCUUUAUUUUUCUUUCCACUGAAUGGCAGGUGGCAUCCAGCAAUAAUGUUGCAUAAAAAAUUGUAUAUCUAUUUAUUUAUUACAUUUAUCAUAUACCAGUUUCUUACAAGUAACCAAAUAAACGGUGUUACAAUGCCACAUUCAAGGUUAAAUAAAAUUUUCAGACUAGUUUUUUCCAAUCCAUUCUUUCUUGGGUGUGUCUGUUUUUGUAUGUAUUUUUGGCACUGAUAUAGUACAUGAUCUACUGACUCAGCUGUUUAAUGGUCACAUAAAUUAAAUGUUUUGUUCAGUCUGGUAUGGUGUCCCACCCCAUUCUUAUUACUUCGCUUCCCUUGGUGUUUCAAGUUGUUCCACUCUCUGCUGUUUACAAAAACAUUUUGCCCUGUUUUUGUUUCAUCUGGAUUUUGUUGCCAGACUUCAGUGAUGGUGCUCCCAUCUGUAUUAAAUUAAAUUUCCAUA